CAACAUGAAGAUAAAAAUGUCCCAACUGUCAUGUUUUAAUAAAAAUUAAUAAUAAAAGCAAUUUUACUAUUUAACGCGUAGAGAAAAAUGUCGCGAUUCAGUGGAGUGCUACAAUUAACUGAUUUGGAUGAUUUCAUAACACCGUCACAGGAGUGUAUCAAACCUGUCCAAAUUGAGAAAAGUAAAAGCAGUACUGGCGCUAAGAUUACAAUACAAGAUGAUGGAUCUUAUCUACAAGUUGGAACCGAUGGGUCUACACAAAAGUUGCAAAAAGUUGAAAUUUCUCUGUCUGAUUGUUUGGCUUGUUCAGGUUGUAUAACAUCUGCUGAGAGCGUAUUAAUUACACAACAAAGCCAAGAAGAAAUAUUGCGUGUGUUUGAGGAAAAUACAGCAUUAAAAAAUGCAGGGAAAUCGCAAGAUGCCAAAUUAAUUGUAGUGUCCCUUUCCAUUCAACCAGUUUUAUCAGUAGCGAGUCGUUACAACCUCCCUGUUAAUGAAUGUGCCGCUAAACUUGUAACAUAUUUUAAAAAAUUAGGUGCUGAUAUGGUCAUUGAUAUGAGCAUAGCUGACGAUUUUGCCCUACUUGAGAGUCAAAGAGAAUUUGUUCGUCGCUUUAGAGCUACAGAAAGUGAUGGAGUUAAAAACGUAAUCCCUAUGUUGGCUUCCAGUUGUCCAGGAUGGGUCUGUUAUGCGGAAAAAACCCAUGGCAGUUACAUUCUGCCUUAUAUUUCAACCACCAAGUCCCCACAACAAAUUAUGGGGUCUUUGAUAAAACACUGGGUUGGUAAUAACUUGGGGGGUCGGUCUAUAUACCACGUGACACUUAUGCCUUGCUACGAUAAAAAAUUAGAAGCCGCACGUGAGGAUUUUUUUAAUAAAGAAACGCAAAAUCGGGACGUUGAUUGCGUCAUUACAGCCAUUGAACUGCAACAGAUGCUAGAAAAAGAUGGAUGUGUUUUAGAAAACCUUGAACAAUCCCAAUUUUCACAGCCUUGGUUAUUGAAACAAGAUACAGACGUUGUCCCUAACUUAACUCGCCGUUUAGGAUCGGGCUCGGGGGGUUACGCUGAUCACAUUUUUAAAUAUGCAGCCAAGGAAUUAUUUGGCUUUGAAGUUGAAAACUUGGAGUAUCACAAUUUAAGGAAUCCAGAUUUUCGUGAAGUGAUUUUAGAAAAAGAGGGGAAAGUUUUAUUGCGUUUUGCAAUUGCUAAUGGUUUUAGAAAUAUCCAAAACUUGGUCCAGAAACUAAAAAGAGGCAAAUCGCAAUAUCACUAUGUUGAAAUAAUGGCUUGUCCUUCAGGAUGUCUCAACGGAGGGGCCCAAAUUCGACCUAAAGACGGCACUGUGUUAAAAGAAUUGACUACUGAAUUGGAAAAUUUAUAUUCGUCACUUCCGGUCAAAAAACCCGAAGAAAAUAAAAUCGUAAAAGAAUUAUAUGAGGGAUGGUUAGGAGGAAUGGAAAGUGAUAAAUGUACGGCGAUUUUGCACACCCAGUAUCACGCCGUGGAAAAAACGACAAACGCUCUUAAUAUAAAAUGGUAAUAUGGUGUAAUUUUUACAACAAAAUAGUUAAUUACACACUUGCUGUUUUAAUAAAAUUAGCAACACCUACUUAGGAACAAAAACAUUAGAGGCUUGUCUGAAGUCGGAUGAGUUAGUGCCAUGUCAGUUCUAGUUGUUUUCGCAAAACUCCGCCCCUUCGGACAAGCUCCGCCCACACAAGACAUUAAAAAUAAAUACGAUUCUCUCAAUAAAUAGGUUACUA